AUGUUCAAGAGAAGAAAUUUCGGAAAAAUUCACAAAAGCAAGUUUCUUCAUCAAACGAUGUCAGUUAAUUCCAUCAGGUUCCUCCAGGGUUACGAGGAUAACCUUCACGAACAUUGGACAGAAUAUUCUGAGUCCUUCAAGAGAUUCCGUCAAUCCCGCUUCAAUGCGCGCCGCUUGCGUAAGCGCGUCGUCUUCAAGCACGGUGACUGCAACGUGGUGCAGGGCAACGUUGCCAAACGUCGACGCAAAUACCUGCAGGACAUCUUCACCACGCUGGUGGAUGCCCAGUGGCGCUGGACGCUGCUGGUAUUCGCUAUGAACUUCCUCCUGUCCUGGCUGACCUUCGCCAUCGUCUGGUGGCUCAUUGUAUUCACGCACGGGGAUCUCAGCGAAGAGCAUUUGAACGGGACAAUACCUUGGACACCAUGCGUAACCAACAUCCGAGGUUUUACUUCUGCCUUCCUGUACAGUAUUGAAACUCAACACACCAUCGGCUAUGGUGGCAGAGUCAUCACGGAAGAAUGCCCUGAAGCCAUCUUCGUUAUGUGCAUCCAAAGCAUAGCGGGAGUGAUGAUACAGGCAUUCAUGGUAGGCGUAGUUUUCGCCAAACUGUCCAGACCGAAGAAACGCACACAAACGCUUCUCUUCUCUCGAAACGCCGUCAUCAACCAUCGGGACGGAGUGCCCUGUCUGAUGUUCAGAGUGGGCGACAUGCGCAAAAGCCACAUCAUCGAAGCCCACGUGCGCGCGCAGCUCAUCAGACACAAGGUCACCAAAGAGGGGGAGCACCUUCCGUUCUUCCAGACGGAGCUGAAGGUAGGAGGCGAUGGAGAAGAGGAGAAGAUUUUUUUCAUUUGGCCUACAACCAUCGUCCACAAAAUAGACAGCAAAUCUCCGUUGUAUAAUAUGUCUGCCAAUAACCUGCUGAGGGAGCGAUUUGAAAUCGUCGUCAUCUUAGAGGGCGUCAUAGAAUCGACUGGCAUGACCACUCAAGCGCGUUCCAGCUACCUUCCAUCGGAAAUCCUGUGGGGUCACAGAUUCCAAUCGCUGAUAACGUUCAAGAAAGAUUCUGGGGAGUACGAAGUGGACUACGCCCUUUUCAACGAUACCAUCGAAGUAGAUACUCCUCUCUGCAGCGCUAGGGAGCUCGAUGAACGCCGAGCUAUGUACAGCAAUGAGGGUUUAGGGCAAAGCCGCAUGAAUGGCAUUUUUCCCUCAGUGCGUACACACUCUAGUGACACCCUGUACAGCAUGGACUCGUUGUCUAUCGAUGACGGCCAUAUCGAAAUGAAGGUGCCUUGUCCCAUACCAGUGACCAUCACAGCACCCGAAGAAACGGUUCCUCUGACCAAUGGGAAACUGAAGAAUAAUUCUAAUGUUUCACCUGUGUGA